GAUCACAAAGGUCUGGUAUCAGACUUCUCAGCAGUGAACUGGAAGCUAAAAGACAAUGACAAAGUGCUUCCAAAAUUCUGAGGGUUCUCGGUCAAGACUCAAGACUUCAGGGGCGGAAGCCAAGGAACGCCCGCUUGAAGUCCUCUCAGGGGCUGUGGAGGCGGGGGCUCCGAGCUUGACUCCUGGUUCUCCCGGACCAUCCCGGCUGCAGCUCGGUGGGCGGCAUGUCCGCGAGUGAAGAGACGCGUGGAGGUGCCAGAGGAGAGAGCAUUACUGCUCCCGGCUCCUUCAGCUUCAGCUCGGAACCAACGCUCGAGGACAUCCGCCGUCUCCAUGCUGAGUUCGCUGCUGAACGAGACUGGGAGCAAUUCCAUCAGCCUCGGAACCUCCUCCUGGCCUUGGUGGGGGAAGUGGGGGAGCUGGCAGAGCUCUUUCAGUGGAAGCCCGAUGAGGAGCCUGGGCCCCAAGCCUGGUCCCCCAGGGAACGAGCAGCCCUUCAAGAGGAGCUCAGUGAUGUCCUCAUCUACCUGGUAGCACUGGCAGCCCGCUGCCGUGUAGACCUGCCCCAAGCAGUGAUCUCCAAGAUGGAUAUCAACCGGCGACGCUACCCAGCGCAUCUAUCCCGUGGCUCUGCCUGCAAGUAUACAGACUUGCCCCACGGGGCCACCUCUGAAAACCAGGCCAUGGGGCCUACAGACCCUGCCUCUGAGUCCACAGGUCAGGUCUCAACCUAGAAACAUGGGCACAGAACCUGCAGCUCAGCAUGGCCUCUGAGGAGCAGAGGGUGCCUGGCCAAGGUACCUCUUUCUAGUUCUUUCCUAAGAGAUCACAGACCUGGGGGCUACACUUCUUGAGGUCUAAGGGCCCAGAACCUCCAGAAGAUAGCCUCCUGUUUUUUUCUCCCUCAAUAAAACUUUCGGUUACCA